AUGAAGCGCAGACGCAGCAUCAAAAUUCCGUGGGCUGUUAACGCCCCGCCACAGCCGGAAUAUUUCCGUUAUAAAUGUAGAUAUCAAAGCUUAUGCGAUAAUCUAGUCUCCUUGAUGCGCUGCACGCUACUCUUAUGGCUGAUCAUGACCACAAUAUUGCUGGUCGUUGUUCAAGCGGAAGGCUGUCCGCCGUCAGACGCCAUUUUGCCGUGUCGUUGUUCGCUGCGCGGCAAGGAAAUUCAAAUAUGGUGCUCACACAGUAAUUUGCCACAAAUAAUGGACGGCAUUAAGGCGGUUGAACGCAACAUAAAAACACCUAUAGAUGAAUUGGUAUUGGAGAAUAAUCAAUUACCAGCAUUGCCUGGCCGCUUCUUUGGCACAUUACAGAUCGUACGACUUAUGCUACGCUACAACAGCAUCGAACGCGUAUCUAACGGUUGGCUGAACGAGUUGGAGAACCAUUUGGUGGAGGUUUAUAUUGUAGAGCCACAGUUGCGCAGCAUACCGGUGGAGAGUUUGAAUGGUAUGAUCAAUAUGAUCGCGAUCACUAUACAAUCCGACGAGUUGAAGUAUUUACCAGACUUCUCAGGCCUACUAAGUCUCACCUAUUUGAGCGUGCAGAGUAGAUCACUAACGGAAUUGCAGCCGCACUGGUUUCGCCAUUUGCCGAAGGUACAAAAUGUGCACAUUAAUGGUGGCCCGAAUUUAAUACGCCUAGAGGCGGGCACUUUCGAUGGUCUAAUAUCCCUGAAGAACGUCGACCUCAGCCGCAAUUCGCUCAACUGGAUACAUUUACGGGCGCUCAGCCGAUUACCAAAUUUGGUGAACCUGAAAAUGUCCUACAAUCAAAUUAGUGAUGUGGGCAUGGUGGGGCGAAUCGUGAAGGAUUUGGGGAAUUUGAAAAAGCUGCGUUUGGACCAUAAUAUUAUAAAUAUUAUAGAGGAUGGUUCGUUCGUAGACCUGCCGCACAUGUCGGAGUUGCACCUGAACGACAACCGCAUUACCGAGAUUCAGUAUGGCGCCUUCUUACGCACACCUAUGCUAAAGACCAUCUACCUACAUAAUAAUCAUAUACGUCGCAUACACCCCGAAUCUUUCCUGCAGGCCUCCGGCAGCGGCGUGGAGACUAUUUACGCGUACAACAACGAAAUUGAGCAUGUUGGCGAACUACGUUCUCUGCUCAAUUCCUUGCCUGCGCUAAAAUUUCUUGACAUGAGUAACAACUAUCUGACUGAUGUCCCAUUUGGUGCGCUACGUGGCCACGGCACACUGGAGCAGUUGCAUUUAAACAAUAAUCUGCUGCGCACAAUCGAGCGCGACGCACUGAUGGCAAUGCCGGCUCUGCGUGAGUUGCGCAUGCGCAACAACAGUUUGUCCAGCGAACUGCCAAUGCCUUUCUGGAACUUGCCUGGACUGAAAGGUUUGGAUUUAGCAACAAACGAUUUUCGAUCUGUCGAUUCAUAUCUCUUAGCCGGGCUUCCCUCGCUACGUCGGCUUGACCUAAGUGAGAACGGUUUAGUAAAGUUGGACCCGACUACCUUUAUACACAAUCCUAUGUUGGAGACCUUGAAUAUCUCUUAUAAUGAGCUGUCCAUUAUACAUUCGGCAACUUUUCGUAAUUUAAAUCGUCUCUUCGAGGUGGAUGCGAGCUACAAUCUACUAACUGAUAUACCCGGCCUGCCGAAGAUUGUCGAGCGUAUUUCCAUGCGUGGCAACGCUAUCUCAACACUCCCAUUUUCCAUUGGUAAAUCACUAAAUCUGCCAAAUUUGCGCAUGCUCGAUCUGAGCGUUAAUCGUUUGGAACAACUGCCCAAGUACGGGUUCCAAGGCAUGCCCCAACUGCGUGUACUUAGCUUAGCUAAUAACAGACUGCGCUCGUUGGAUGACACUGCAUUCAUUGGCGCUGCACGCCUUGAACUCCUGCAUCUUCAGGACAAUGGCUUGACCCACAUAGAUGACCGUGCAUUUUUGUCACUCGCGGAGUUGCGUAACCUCAACUUGCAGGGCAAUAAAUUGGGCUCCAUUACCGACAAUAUGUUCUCAAACAAUUCGCGACUAGAACAAUUAGAUUUAUCACGAAACCUCAUACGCACCAUAGCGCCCGCAGCUUUUGAGGCUCAGCGUUCGCUGGAGUAUCUCGAUUUAUCGAGCAAUGCGCUGUCUGAUAUCUCGGUGAGCCUCUCUAAUCUCGCAAACCUGCACGAUAUAGACUUGAGUUACAAUCAGAUAACACGCGUGCAUGCAGAUGUUGUGUCUUCGUGGCGCAGUGUCGUGGAAAUACGUCUGUCCAAUAAUCUAAUUGUUGAGUUGAAACAUGGAACUUUUCGCAAUUUGCCAAAACUGCAGUAUUUAGAUUUAUCCAGCAAUGAAAUAAGCUCGGUGGAACCGGGCGCCUUGAAAAAUCUACCAGAUCUGCAAGAAUUUGUGUUGGCCGACAAUAAAUUGGUGGAAUUGAAAGAUCACGUUUUCGAAGAUCUACCCAACUUACUAGCUUCACAUUUCCAAUAUAACACAUUGCGCUACGUCUCGCCGGAUAGUUUCUUCAACUCGCCUUCCAUGGUCUUCUUGAAUUUGUCCAAUAAUAAUUUCCAUAAUAUGGAAAAUAUAGGACUGCGUGCGAUGCGCAACUUAGAGGUUUUGGAUCUGUCAACGAACGGUGUUCGCAUGGUUAAUACGAUGCCACUGAAGUCGUUAAACUGGCUGGUCGAGCUGAAGAUGGAUAACAAUCAGAUAUGCAAAAUACAAGGCGGACCAUUCGAGACAAUGCCACGCCUGCGUGUGCUCUCGAUGCGUAACAACCGCCUGCGUACAAUUAAGGAGCGCACUUUCCGGAAUUUACGUGGCAAUAUUGCCAUACUGGAUGUGGAUGGUAACCCCAUAAACUGCUCCUGCGAAAUGCAAUGGCUCUCUGUUUGGCUACAAGAGACCAAUUUUCCAUACCCAGGCCCAAAAUGUCAAGACGGCCGACUGUUGCGAUCUUCGCGCAUCGACAGAAGUCUCUGCACCAAUUUCGAAGAUACCAACCAACGCACCGGCACAGCGAGUGGCAGUAGUUUAAGCAACAACAACGCCAAUCAUCUGCCUCUCUUGAAUGAGCAUGGUGAUAUUUUCCAACGCGACUUGCAGGAAGAGUUUAGCGAUGACUGUGAAGUAUAUGAGAUUCCACCUGGAGAGCGUCCCUUAGCUGGUGAAAGCGAAUACUUUUACGAUCAGUACGUCGACUAUACACCAGCUAACGAGACGAGCUCGUAUGCUUCCACAGACGCACCAAAUGCGCAUUCGAACGCGGCAAGUAGUUCAAUUUCGAGCUCAAAGAAAAAGUCUCCCAUUAGUUCCAACAUCGACUUAAAUAACACCGUUUUAAACACCAAUUAUUUCAAGAGGCAACCACAUCAACCUGGCGCGCAGUCUAGUUCGCCAUUUACGUUUUUUGGCUAUCCCAUACCGUCACUGAGUUUGGGCCGCUUUUUUGGCGCUGGGCAGCGUGGACGCAAGGAUCGUGGCGAGAGUACUGGCAGCCCGGCGAGCAGACAAACAACAGCAAGCUCCACUGAAAGCGGCCUAGCUACAAUGUCAGCCACACAUCGGAUGCAUACGCCGCACGGCAAGGUACGCAUGUACCAGCCGAACAGUGCCGAGUUUGAGAAGUACCUGAAUCAGCCAGAUUCGCAGAACCACGAUGUAUCGGCAAGAAACCGACAAACUACAACAAUUGCCGCCAGUGCUGAAUCCAACUCCGAUGAGACGACUAGUAGUGAAGCGCCAAGUAGCGUCUUCAAAACCGCUUUCCGUGAGCCGACAAGUGUGGAGCGCGGCGGCUUUCGACCGAUAGUGCCUGAACACGUGGGUGGCUUUAUGCCCGUGCACGAUCCGUCAAAGCGACGCGGGGUUGUCGAACCCAUACCAACACCAACAAAAUAUGCUACUAAGCAUACAGAACGCAAUUACAUACCAAUGGUACCCAUGCACACCGAGAGUAAUUUCAGGCCACCAGGCCGCGAAUCCAAUUUGAGGGCAACAUAUGCGCCUGCGACAAUUACUACGCUAACAACAGCAGAAUCAGCAAGUGAAGAGAUCGAAUCGCAAACAUACUACGUAACUGAAAAUUCCCUAGAAUUGACUACACCGCAUCGGAUAAUAGCACCAUAUGCGGCAACAACCGCGCCAACUCUCACUACCAGCAGGACGAAUACGAUGAGACAAACAACAGCCAGUGGCACUCAAAAUUUGACCCCAGACGUGGUGACACCAGCCACCACGCCAAUUACUUUUCACACCACGACGCCUAUGACAACAACAAUAGCUACUUCUACAACGCGCGCAACCCCAGUGACCCAAGCGCCAGCGUUUAGUAUGGAAGAGAGUGAUGCGUUCGAUGCUGAGUUCUAUGAUGACUUGGAGGCACAAUCAGUAGGCAUACUUAAACCGCCACCUCUCGUGCAAACAACUACAGCAGAGACUAUAUUACUAAUACCACCACCAGAGGAGCAUGUCGAGCAGAUCAAGCGUCAUUCUUGGGUAACAAAAGCACCAACAACGGAGAGCACACCAACAAAUCACGUAAGUGCUAAUCAACCAACUACGAUCGCAACGCCAACCGAUAUUUCACCGCGUCAACCGCGCCCAUCAGGUGGCCGCUCCAUAAUCACUAAAGUGCACACACCACAAACGGCAAACCAACACCUACCCACAGCAGAAGAGUACCAUCGUACAACUCCGCAUAAUGAUGGCGCACAUAAGGGCGCAAGCCCGUUAGACGAUCAGCUAGCACUGCAGCAACAGCAAUUAUUAGCAGAUGCUCAAAAACGUGACUACAAUGCGUUCGAGGCAUUAGACGCCGAAUCUGUAGAUACGGCGGCGACGGCCUAUCAGCAAAUAGAACACGUAGAUCGUAAGGAUGGCAUGGACUGGUAUUAUGAAAGCUUUAAGAAACCGCGUCCGGUAAUGGCUUCCGGAAACAGUUUACGUAGUAGUACAGAUUUUGUUCGGAAUCAGGGGAGCGACGGAAAAAAAAUGCGCCGAUUUAGGUAUGAAGAGGUUGUAUGCAACUUGGCGCUAGUGCUCACAAUGCAAUUUUGUAUUCAAUUUAAGUAAUUUUAAGUUGCGUUAAGUUUGAUUACUUUCAAAACAAAGAUUUAUAUACAUUAAAAAAAACGAGUGCUCGUUUGAAUAAUUAACAAGGACUAUAUGUAAAAUAUAGAAAUAAAUAUGCAACAAUUUUCUUCACUAUAGCACUCCACGCUUUAGAACAAUAAAUUAAAGGUCUGUAUAUCAAAGUAUUUUGAAUAAGUUUUUGAAUCACUUUAU